AUGGGCAAGAAGAUUGUGGGUUUCCGAGGCUUACGCCUUUUCAACUUCCAAGAAAACCAAUGUGUCUGUCUGCCUGUACAUUGGCAGGGAAUAGCUGAGAAACAUAGGGGCGGGGUGACAACCGAGGCAGGCACCAGGCACGGAUACUCACGUCGGGUACAAGCAAGCUCCCUUGAGUGGAGGGCACGGACACUAAAAUGCAUGGUGGCACUGAGGCAACAUAGAUAUUUUCAGGCACCGGACGUUAGCUUGCGAGAGCACCUGGGCAAAGAGACCCCGGAAAAUUGGGAAGAGAUUUACUACCGACCCGACCCUCGAUUCAACGAUCCAAUUUUUGAGGGACCUCCAUGUUCCCGGCCUGCUUGCAUGGCUCUCGAGCCACAACAAGCAAGAAACCGUUGA